AUGGCGACUGAUGCACACGGUUUGAUUGUGAACGGCGGGCAGACGUCCUCGAAGUCGCCGGCGGCUCUUCUCUCCGAGCAGCACGCGCGCGAUCAGGCCCAUAAAGUGACAGUGGAAGAUGUCCCCGAUGAGGAUGACAUUCAACAUCCUCCUCCGUCGUCGUCGGUGAAGUCCGCAGCGCCAGAUGCUGGUGCCGGCUCCUCCAAAGAUGCCACCCCCAACGCUGGAUCCGCCCCUGAGCCGAAGACGACGAAAACCUCCAACACUCCGGCUUUUGAUGUGCGGUCGGAGGAGUCGUUUCCAGCUCUGGGCAGUGGUCCCAAGUCGAAAGCGGCUGCCAAUGUGCCCUCGGCCUGGGGUGCCAGAAAGCCGGGUGCUGCGUCGACCUCGACCAACGGGGUGUCCAGCGGUCCUCAGGCGUCAAGCUCUCCUUCGAGCUUCGGUGCCUCUGACGGUCCCAAGAUCAUGUCCUUGCCUGGAAAACAUGUCGAACAAUUGCGACUCGCCCCGUCGCAGAUGCUUCCUCCAAGUCAGCUCAAGAAGCCGAUCCGGGAUAUCUUGAGGGACAUCAGCAAGCGUUCCAAAGCCACUGUCGACAUGCGGGGCGGCCCUAAUGGCUCGGUCAUCUUCGAGGGCAAGGGCUCCGUGGAUGCGGUGAGACAAGCUCUCAAGGACGUCGCACAGCAGGUUGGAUCCAAGCAAUCUGUCCGUGUCCCGAUCCCUGCUUCGGCGCGACCACAUAUCAUUGGCCGCCAAGGCGCCGUCGUGCAGGACAUCCAACAGCGAACUGGCGCCCGCGUCCAGGUGCCCAGGGCCGACGAUUCCGCUGCCGGUGAGGACGACGAUGACAGCGCCACCAUCGACGUGUUCAUCGAAGGUGAUGCCGUCGCCGCAGAGAUGGCUCGUCGUGAGAUUGAGUCCAUCGUCAAAGAACGGGCAUCGAAUAUAACCUUGCGGCUGAAGACCAUUCCUCCAGAGUUCUUCCCCUUCAUUGCGGGUGCCCACAACGCACAUGUGAACGAGCUUGAGGAGCGGACCAAGGCGCAGAUUAGGGUGCCACGUUACGACACCUGGACGAAACAGCCACCGCCCCAAGAGGCCGACGUCGGUCAGAUCCGAUUUGUCCCGCACCCAGAGAGACACAUUCAUAUUUCGGGAGAGCGUGCUGCUGCGCAGGAGGCUCGCGCUGAAAUUGAACGACGUGCUGCCGAACUGCAGCGCCAGCUGACCCUGCGACAAUUGGCAAUCAACCGUGGCCAGCACCAGUUCAUCCUGGGCGAUAGUGAUACCGCCCUGCACGACUUCCUCGCGGAGACCGGCUGUUCCAUCAUCCUGCCUCCGCCCGACGAGGACAGUGAAUUCCUGACCAUCACAGGACCGCCUGAACACAUUGAAGCCGGCGUCAACCGUGCCAUGGAACUUGCGACCAGCAUGCAGAUGGCGAGUAUCGACUUGUCUCGACAGCAUCCUGCUGCGCACGCUAGGGCCCUUACUUCUUAUCUUCAACAGCGUCAAGUCAUCAAAGAGUUGGAGAAUCUGUACGAUGCUCGCAUCGUGCUACCCCAGACUUCUGAAGGCCCCGUCACCUGGGAAGUCUACUCCAGAGAUGGAAAGAACACCAUCCGGGCACGCUCCGAUAUCAUGAACCUGAUCCAGGCCCACCCUCCCGCAAGGAUACGCUCCCUUCAGGUCGACCCGUACUUCCAUCCAUACCUCCGUUCCCGAAGUCGUGCCCAGCUGAAGGACGACUUUGGUGUCCAUCUCAUUGUUCCGGACGACAUCGACAGCCCAGAAGUUGUUCUAGUCUACGAAGGACCAUCGCAGGCCGGUGCCGAAUAUCAGGUCCCAAGGCACAGACCGUCAAGUGAGGAGAUUGCGGCUUUCGAACGAGCUCUCCAGGCCGCGCAGGAAUCCCUCCUGAAGACAUUGGGAGAUCAGAAGGACAUUGUGUCGAGAUCAGUCAGCAUUCCUGCAAAGUACAAUGAGAAGGUUCGCAAGUACAUUGCACGCGAACAGCAGGCUGACGUGGAUCGUAUCCCUGUCCGUGCCAUCGUUAGAGAGCCUGAGGGCCGCAAUGGUCCAGUUUCCUCCCAGAAGUCCAAAGCAGCGGCUGCUCUGCCGAGCGAGGUUGCUUUGCGAGGGCGCUCUGGUGACGUGGACGAGCUCGAGUCCAAGAUCCUUGCCUUUGUCGAACAACAGGAGAAGGAUGACCUCGAACGGGGCUAUACUACCAGCUUCGACUAUCCCCAGAAAUUUGCCAACGUCCUCAUCGGGAAACGCGGAGAGAAUAUCAACAAGUUGCGCGAGGAAUUCGACGUUGACAUCAAGGUCGACAAUGGCAAGGUCGAAGUCAAGGGACCCAAGGCAAAGGCGGAUGCCGCGAAAGCCAGGAUCGUUGCACUGGGCAAGAAACUCGCCGAUGAAACGACCCACGUUCUCAAGAUUCCCGCCAAAUAUCACCGUGAUCUGAUCGGUCAGAAGGGCAGCCAGGUGAACCGACUACAGGACCGUUACAAUGUCCGUGUCCAAUUCCCUCGUGCUGCAGUGUCAACACCCGCCAAUGAUGACCAGUCUGUCGCGGAUACCGCAAGCGAGGUUGGUGGUGGUCGGCCUGGUCGACCCAACCAAGCUCCUGAUGAAGUAAUUAUCAAAGGUCCCAGCAAGGGCGCCGACGCUGCCAGAGACGAAAUCCUCAGCUUGCUUCAAUGGAUUAUUGACCACUCACAUACAGCUUCUGUCUCUGUUGCGCAAAGCCAGAUCCCCUCGUUGAUCGGUCAACGUGGCCGUGAAAUGGACAAGCUCCGGGCUGACACUGGAGCGCAAAUCGACGUCCCCAGCGCCCAAGACGCACCGGAUGCUUCUGGACGCGUUGAGAUCAAGAUCAAGGGAACCAAGAAACAAGUUGAUGAGGCCCAGAAGAUUCUCGAGCAGCGGGCGAGGGAAUUCGACGCGAUUGUCACCAGGACCAUCGAGGUGGACAAGAAGCAUCACAAGGCGUUGAUCGGCGGUGGUGGUGCCAAUAUCCGCAAAAUCAUCAUCGAGGCGGGUGGUCCUGACGAUGGCAGCGCUGCCCGCAUGGUGAAAUUCCCGCGUCCUGAUAGCAAUGAAACGACAAUCAAACUCGAGGGGAAUGGCGCCGUCGUUGACAAAAUCAUCGCUGCGAUCGAGGCUUUCGUCAAGGAGCGAGAGGAUCAGGUCACGGCCACGCUGGACGUGCCCCAGUCGCAACACCGCCUGCUUAUCGGACGCGGCGGGGAGACGAGACGUAACCUGGAAUCGCAGUUCAACAUCACCGUCGAUAUUCCCAAGCAAGGGUCUGGUCGCACUGAUGUCAAGCUCAAGGGACCCAGCAGUGCCGUUGAGGAGGCUAAAGCGCACAUCCUUGCCCUGCUCAAAGAGCAGCAAGGCGAGACUGUUGAGGUGCCAAGGCAUCUGCACCAUGUCAUUUCAGACAAUGGCUCUUUCUUCCGCCGCCUGCGCAACGACUACCAGGUGACUGUGGACCAUGCUGGCCAACAGGUUCCGCCCAAGCCUAGCCCAGUCGACUUGCGCAACGGGCCCAACGGAGCUGCCUCGCUGCCGUUGAUUACGGAUGAUCCGGCCGCAGCGGCGGAUGCCCAUUCCUGGAAGGUGGUCGACAACACUCCUGCGCCCAGCGAUUCUUCGGCCACGAUUCCAUGGGUCCUUUCUGGUGCGUCGGAGAACGUCAGUAAAGCGAAGGCGGCCUUGGAAAAGGCUAUCGAGGCGGCAUCGCAGCAGGCGGCGACUGGGUACCUGAUCCUGCCUGAUCCGAAGACGUAUCGGUUCGUGGUUGGUCAAGGCGGGAGCCAGAUCAACGCCAUCAGGAAGAAGACGGGCUGCCGGAUCAACGUGCCAAAGAGCCAAGCUCGGGGCGAAGCGAUUGAGAUCAAGGGGACCAAGGAGGGCGUGGAGGAAGCCAAGAACAUGAUUCUGGAAGCUGUGCGAGCAGGGUUGAACGGGUCGCGAUAA